CCUUCUCAGUGAUGGCGGCUUCGUUUCGUUCUCUCCCCGAUACCUGUAACAACAAAUGGUACUACAACCGGCAGCAGAUCGACAACAACCCAUCUCGGCGGGCGGGCCUCGACCCGGACAAGGAGCUGUCCUACAGGCAACAGGCGGCCAACCUGCUCCAGGACAUGGGCCAGCGGCUCAAUGUGUCCCAACUUACAAUUAAUACAGCCAUUGUGUACAUGCACCGAUUCUACAUGGUCCAGUCUUUCACCAGGUUUCACAGAAAUGUCAUUUCUCCUGCAGCUCUCUUCCUCGCAGCUAAGGUGGAGGAGCAGCCCCGGAAGCUGGAGCAUGUUAUCAAAGUGGCCCAUGCAUGCCUCAACCCUCAGGACCCUUCACCAGAUGUACGCAGCGAAGCCUACCUGCAACAAGCCCAAGACCUGGUCAUUCUUGAGAGCAUAAUACUCCAGACCUUGGCUUUUGAAAUCACCAUUGACCAUCCACAUACUCAUGUUGUCAAGUGCACUCAGCUCGUCAGAGUUGUUCCAGCGAGUAAGGAUCUGGCCCAAACAUCUUACUUUAUGGCUACGAACAGUCUGCACUUAACCACGUUCUGCCUGCAGUACAGUCCGCCAGUUGUGGCCUGUGUGUGCAUCCACCUCGCUUGCAAAUGGUCCAACUGGGAGAUCCCUGUGUCCACAGAUGGCAAACACUGGUGGGAGUAUGUUGAUCCCACAGUCACCCUGGAACUGCUGGAUGAGCUCACACAUGAGUUCCUGCAAAUUCUGGAGAAAACACCCAGCAGGUUGAAACGGAUUCGAAACUGGAAGGCUGGAGGUCAGACCCCGAAAGCCAAGCCCAAAGUCCAGGAGGAGGGUGACCAGAGGGAUACCAUGAUGAGCAUGAUCUCUAUGGCUUCAUCCGAGAGUACUGUUGCCGGUUUGAUGAGCCUCUCCGCUCCGCCAUCGGCCUCAUCUUCUUCAUCCACGGGUGAAAAGGAGAGGGGCGGGUCUGGCAGUGCGGCGACUUGGAGUGGAAAAGGUCAGGCUGCGGCUGAACAGCUGCAGCUGGCUAACAACGACAUCCAUGUCCCGGCAAGGGUGUCGCUGAGUGAGUACCGGGCCAAGAAUGCUGACGUCCUGGCCGCCCAGAAGAGGAAGCUGGAGAACAUGGAGGCGAGUGUGAAGAGGGACUACGCUAAUGCUGCCCAGGCUCUCAUUGGUCAGCAGCAGAGGAAAGAGAAGCAUCAUCAUCAUCAUCACCAGCAGCAGACCAGCUCAUCCUCUUCUGACAUGUCCAGUCCUUCGCCCAUUAUUCUUAAAAUCCCCCUGGAGAAGGAAAGACAUGAAAGGGGUUCUCUGAAAAUGCGGAUCCCUGUAGCCGGGGGAGGAGGCAGCGGCACCCGGGAUCAGGAUAUUAAAGUCAGAAUUCGAGUGCCUGAGAAGCAAAAGGGGAGUUCGGGGGAGGAGGGAAAGAGCAGGGAAAAGCAUAGGGACCGGUCUAACCAUCACCAUCAUCACCACCACCAUCAUUCCUCUUCUGGCACUGCCUCAAUUUCCUCUUCACAUAAACAUUCAUCCAGCUCUAGCGGAGCAGUAGGUAACAGCAAAAAAGUCCCCAGCGACUCCUCUAGAACAAGCUCUUCCUCCUCCUCCACGUCACGCAAGAGGACACACUCCCAGGACGGCGCACCAGUCGCUCACCCCACCACAAAAGUCAGCAAGGCCUCUAGGAAUCCCUACCAGCUACCGUCCCUGUCUUCCUCCUCCGGACAAACUCUUGGGCACGGCCCUGACAUUCUCCCUGCCCUGGGCCUGCCCCUCCUUCCAGGGAGCUACCCACACACCAAAGGUGACAAGACGGACACUAACGGGCACGGCACAGCAGGCGGAGCCCAGUCGAACGAGUACCAGGACACUUUUGAAAUGCUAAACUCUCUUCUGAGCGCACAAGGGGUCCAGCCCUCCCAGCCGUCCAUGUUUGACUACAGAUCCCAAUUUGGGGAGUAUCGGUACAGCGGUGGCUCCCGAGGGAACAACUCCAGACCACCUCCACUGCCUUCAGACCCACCCCCACCACUGCCCCCACUGCCCAAAUGAGUUCCUGAUCAAGAGAUGUUAUGGACAUUAUGCUUCGCAUCACAAACAUCCAUCUUGUUACAUCAAGUAUUGCAUUUUUUUUCUUUUUUUUUUUGGACUCAACCAUGUUUUUCUUAUUGGGCUUCAGUGUGACAGCAGAGAAAUGUUAUUGUGAGACAAAUUAGGUUUUUUUACAGUUCACUUCUGGGGCAAUAAUAAGGCUUGAAAAGCAAAAUGUGAUCAAAUGAGAGGAAGGUGUAGAUAUUUUUUUUUCUUUCUUUUAUUAACUCAAAGGAAAUGCUAUGAUGGGACCUGAUUACUGUUGUAGAGGAAGUCAUCGUCUUGAAAUCAUAAGGAAAUUGAAAGAUUUCCAUCCCAUCUUCUUACCGAUUGUCUUUUUUAUAAUGUUUUUAUAGUAUGUUAUUUAUUAAUUGAAUACUUAAAAAAAACAUGUUCCCCUUUUCUACCUUUUUUUUUUUUUAAGGCUUUCCCUCGAUGUUAUUUUGGGUAGAGGGAUAAUUCCUUAUCAAGACUGUACAGGCUAGUUUGAGAGUGCAUGUCUCCAAAGCCAUCUUUUCAAUAUUUUUGUCUUUUUUUAAUAUUUUUCUUUUUUUUUAACAGCCAUAACCUAAAAAAUGGUAUUUUACCCCUGGUGUUUAUUUUAUUUUCUUCAUUAUUUCGUCAACUUGUACAAAGAUUGUAAAAAUGUUUUAAACAAACAUGAAUUAUUUUUUACAUUUUGUUAUAAAAAUUGCAAAAAAAAGAGAUGUAAAUUAAGGAAGCUUGUACUUUGGUUUUUAGAUAUCCAGUGUUGCAGUCAUUGUUUUAAAUGGUUGUAAAAUAUUCACAUUCAGCUCUUUACUGAUUACACUAAUGGACAAACGUUCAUACCAAGAAUAUACAUUUAUGGUUUAUCAAAGCGUUCAGAGUUCAGACAUAUCUACCCAGUAUGGUCACAAUAAAGAAGCUACCAGCAACCAACUUUGUGGUGACCAUAUUGUUCAGUGUACAACAAAGUAUUUACAAUACAGAUUAUAAAAGACUAAUCAUGGAUCAUCUGUCUGUCUUUAUGGGUGUCCUUCGUGUAUGCAUUUCCUUUUUGGGAUGUAUUUGCAUUUGUAAACCACAGUGUAUGCAGUGUCAAUUCAUUCUGGUCUAAAUUAGUCAUGUUAAAGUCUUUUGACUCCAUACCGUGCAUCUUCUAUUUAAUCCCUUCACACGCCACGAGUCAACAGAAUGUUUACAUGUGUUCUUUCAGUUGUGACAUCAUACACGGGCAGACAGGUUCUCGACAUACCUCCACUACAGUACGGUCAUUUGCAUGAAGCAUAAUACUGUAAUUAAUCUGAAUCAAUGUUAACAUUUUGUGUUGGAUCUAAAAUAGUGAAAGAGGUGCUACUUUUUUGGCAAGAAAAUCGGGUAUCAUCUGUAUAUUUCAUUCAUAUUAAGCUUUAUAUGGUUUUUGAUUGUAUAGUAUUACUGCUUUUAACCUGCGUUCUGUUUGUUUCGGUUUGUAAUGAAAAACAUAUUUGUUUUUAGGCAGUUCACAGUAAUGCAGUACAACAAAUCAGCCAUACAAUUGUAAAAUAUUUUUGUUCCCUUGCUCAAUGGAAAUUGUGCGGAAAGAGUACAGCUCUUUGCUCAGGCAGCAGAGGUUUUAUUAGUUAUUGUAACAGGGAAACAGUAAAUGCACUGAAUAUUUAUCUCAGUAGGAUUGCCUACAAUGCAACUGACCAUGUGUUACAUGUGUUGUGGUUAGACUAUUAUUAGACUGGAUGUCCAAUAUAUCAUUGCCAUUUAAUAACUUUACUGUUUUGGAUCCGGACAAAUCUUCCCGUCUAAGUAUUAACUUUAUGCUGUGAAAAGGUCGUACAAAAGGACACACAUUUUCUAAAAUAAAUCCAUAUGUGAGAAAAACAGAAGACACUCAUGCAACCUAUCAAUGCAAAACCACAUUGCUACAAUAAGUUUUGUGUUUUUUCAUGUCUUGGUGUUUUCAGUGACACUCAGGUCUGGAAAUGAAACGUUAUGGGAUUUUUGUUUUGUUUUAGUUAAAAGGUUUUACUCCACCGUUCAGACGUUUUAGAACACCUCCACUUCUCAAGUUGUUGCUGAAAUUGACUCAGUUGACCCUGUGUCCUCCUUUAAUCUUAAUUAUGAAAGUUGUCGAGACCCUGGGUUCAUUCUACGAUGGACAUUUAUCAUUGUUUGGAAAGUUUUGAUGCAGAAAGUCCCACAAAUAAGUUGCAUUUAUUUGCUUUAAUUCCAAAUCACCUGGAUCUAAACAUGCAGGCUGUUCUGCUGCUCUUUGACAGUUUGAAGGCCCCGUCACAUGUUUUGUGCUCAUCAUUUUGCUGCAGGAUGAACCCCUGACCAAACAACAUGUCUGCCUUGGUUUCCUGCCCUUUCUCUCACAAUUCUGAUAUACACAACACAACUUUCUGCAGGAGAGCAAUGAACUAAUAAUCCAAGUGAGGCUGUUUGGUUCUGCACAGACAUUUGUAAGUUGCUGGCUUCAUCUGCAGCAACUUUCGAGGAUUGCUUUACUUCAGUGCUGCAGGAAAUUCACACCCUGGCACUUUACUACGUACAUUUACAGCAUGUAAGGUUAUUUGCUGACUUCUAAUGGCUCAGUUCUCAAUAGGAACAGGACCAGUGGAGGUGUUUUAAUGCUUUUGAUCAGGAGUGUAUGUGAACACUGUCUUUUUGAUAUCAUGUGAUUGCUUUAUUCCCAAUUAAAGUCAAUAAAUAUUUUAAGAAAAACGCC